UCGGUUUAAAGCCGCAGUCACCUAGAUAGAGAGUCUACUGUAGGGUUAAUUAAGGAAGAAAGAAUGAGGAUGAGCUGCAAUGGGUGCAGGGUGCUUCGCAAAGGGUGCAGUGAGAAAUGCUCAAUCAGGCCCAGCAUUGAGUGGAUCAAAUCCCCUGACUCUCAAGCCAACGCCACUCUUUUUCUUGCCAAAUUCUAUGGCCGCGCUGGCCUUCUCAACCUCAUCAAUGCCGGCGCCCAACACCUCCGCCCUGCUAUUUUCAAGUCACUUUUGUACGAGGCUUGUGGACGGAUUGUGAAUCCGACAUUUGGGUCGGUGGGUUUGAUGUCGUCCGGGAGCUGGGCCCAAUGCCAAGCAGCCGUUGAUGCAGUGCUUGCAGGGUCCCCCAUCUCCGGACUUGAUGCGGAUGCGCUAAACCUUAUUCCCAGUCCUCCUAACACAUCCGGCGACAUACGCCACGUGUUCAGGGACUCGAACUCGGGGGCUUCUCGUAACAAAGUUGCAACCCGGAACAGGUUCAAGAGAUCCAUGAACAAGUCCAAAACCCAUCCUGGCUCGCUCACUGAUUUUGCAACCGGGUCACAUAUGGCUCAAUUUUGUAACUUUCCUGACCCGGAUGACUUGUGCCCGAGCCCGGAAGGAAAUGGGGCUGGCGGAGAUUAUGAUGGAGAGGUUGGGUUGGAACUGACUCUUGGAUUAGUUCCAAUGCGUCUUAAUUAGCUAUUAAUAAAUUAUGGUUAAUCUUUGUGUAUGUUGGUUUUGUUGGAGUGACAAGUGGAGGGUAGAGUUGGAGAAGGACAUACAAGUGUGCUUCAUGCAAUGGGAGAAGCACAUGUUUUGGCGGCUCCGAAUUGGUUUCUUGCUUCUUUUUUUCUUUUUUUUUGUUGUUGCUUUUUUGGGCUUUGGUUUUUGCUUAGAAAAUGUGUCGUGUAAAAUAUGGGUGGAGUUUCGGUGUAAAAUAUUAUGCAUAUAUGCGCAAGCACAACAUAAUACUUACAUUUCGCCUUUGGCGAUCCAUAUAUGUAAAUUCUAGUACUCAACAAUCAUGAUUGAUGUAUCAGAUCUUCACUCAAACAUCACUAGCUCUCUGAUUAAUUUCUG